CUAUAAUGUGGGAUGCGCUCAACAUACCAGGGUGCCCGAAGCAGGAGCCUGCAGCCUGGCAUCUUGGAUCCUAACAUUGAUCAAGACAGACUUGAGAUGCUGUAUGAACAGCUGUCGGGUAUUCUACUCCAGCUUCCUAUACCAUCCAAUCCCUCGAAUUGGGUCCCUUAGCCAGGCUGAUGACUUCACGUGGAAAGUAACACGCCAGCAUUUAUCAAUGAAAGAACAUGCUCGACUGGGAGAUUUGCCUAUCAAAGCUUCCCGAUAGGAAUUCUACCUAUGAAACUACUUCUUCAUAUUUCGAAGACCUGGC